UCCUUUGCGGCAGGCCUGAGGUUCUUCCUGUUAAGUAGCAGCGCCCGGCGAAGACACAAGGACAUCGCGUCCAGAAGCCAUGCCUUUCUUUGAUGUGCAGAAAAGGCUAGGCCUUGACUUAGACCGCUGGAUGACAAUCCAGAGUGCUGAGCAGCCUCACAAGAUUCCAGGUCGAUGCCACGCAUUUGAAAAAGAAUGGAUAGAGUGUGCACAUGGAAUCGGUGGUAUCCGUGCAGAGAAGGAGUGCAAGAUAGAAUUUGAUGAUUUUGUAGAGUGUCUACUUCGGCAGAAAACGAUGAAACGUCUGAGUGCCAUCAAGAGGCAGCGGGAUAAGCUAAUAAAGGAAGGGAAGUACACACCUCCACCUCAUCACUUGGGCAAGGAGGAUCCUCGGCCCUGAGCAGAGCAGCUGCCCGUGGCUGGAGGCUGAUUUUCACCAUCCCUCUUCCCUGCUGGAAAGUUUGCAUACUGAAAAGCCCCUUUGCGAAGGUAUCUAAAAAUAAAGGAUUGCUCCGUCCUA